AUGCUGUCGAAAGACUUUGACAGACUUGACUUCACGAUGUCGAAGAAGGUGUUGGUGACCGGAGCGUCCGGUUACUUAGGCGGGCGAUUGUGCCACGCUCUGCUCAAUCACGGCCACCGCGUCAAGGCCUUCGUCCGCCGGAGCAGCGACAUCUCCUCCCUACCGCUUCCGUCCGGCGACGGAGGUUUUGAACUUGCCUACGGCGAUGUUACUGAUUAUUCAACUCUGCUUGAAGCUUUUUCCGAUUGCCAUGUCAUCUUCCACGCUGCAGCCCUCGUUGAGCCCUGGAUUCCGGACCCUUCUAGAUUUAACUCAGUUAAUGUUGGAGGAUUGAAGAAUGUUUUACGAGCGUAUAGAGAAACUGGGAAUAUAGAAAAGAUUGUUUACACGUCGUCGUUUUUUGCAUUGGGGUCAACUGAUGGAUAUGUUGCUGAUGAAUCUCAAGUUCACUCGGGGAAGUUCUUUUGUACGGAAUAUGAAAAAUCAAAGGCCAUUGCUGAUAAGAUAGCUUUGGAGGCAGCUGCAGAGGGAGUUCCAAUUGUACCCGUUUAUCCUGGAGUUAUAUAUGGACCUGGAAAAGUUACUUCUGGAAAUGUAGUAGCUCGAUUGAUCAUUGAACGUUUCAACUGGAGACUGCCAGGUUAUAUAGGUGAGGGGAAGGACAAGUUCUCUUUCAGUCAUGUGGAUGAUGUAGUGGAUGGGCAUAUUGCUGCAAUGAAUGAUGGUCAACCAGGUGAAAAGUACCUUCUCACCGGGGAGAAUGCAUCAUUUAAGGACGUCUUUGAUUUAGCUGCCACUAUUACUCACACGAAAAAGCCUCAGUUUGGUAUCCCACUAUUUGCAAUUGAAGCUUAUGGCUGGCUCUUGGUUGUCUUGUCUAGAAUAACUGGGACACUUCCCCUUAUCAGCCCUCCGACUGUGCAAGUUCUAAGACAUCAAUGGGCAUACUCUUGUGCAAAAGCCAAGGCAGAGCUGAAUUAUAAACCCAGAAGCCUGGAAGAAGGUCUUACGGAAAUGCUCCCGUGGUUGAAGCAAUUGAAGUUAAUAAAGUACUAG